AUGGUCUACAUCCGGCAGCGCAUGCUGCCCAAGCUGCACGAGUACAAAUAUGCCGGCGUCGACAAGUCCUUGACCUCCAAAUACAUCCUGAAGCCCUUCUACAGCAAUGUCGUUAUCAGGUGUUUUCCAAUGUCCAUGGCGUGUAUCACUUUGACUGGCUUUAGCUUUGUCAUUAUCAACUUCCUGACCAUGCUGUGGUACAAUCCGAGUCUCGACCAGGACAUGCCCCCCUGGGUCUACCUCUCGUUCUCGAUCGGUCUCUUCCUUUACCAGACGUUUGACGCGGUGGACGGUUCGCAGGCGCGCAGAACUCAUCAGAGCGGCCCGCUCGGCGAGUUGUUCGAUCAUGGUGUCGAUGCCUGCAAUACCAGCCUUGAAGUCCUUCUGUUCGCCUCGGCGAUGAAUCUCGGCCAGACCUGGAAUACCGUGCUCACCCUCUUUGGCGCCAUCUUGACCUUCUAUAUCCAGACUUGGGACGAGUACCACACUCAUCAGCUGACUCUCGGUGUCGUCUCUGGACCGGUCGAAGGCGUUCUGAUCUUGGUCGUCGUCUACUUCGUAACAUUCCUGAAGGGCGGCGGAAGCUACUGGCAGCAGCCGAUGUUGCCAACUCUGGGUUUCUCCAAGUUCGGCCUGCCGGACUAUUUCUACCAGAAGUCAUGGGCCGAGUGGUACAUGUCCUUGGGUGGAGCUGUCCUCGUCUUCAAUACCCUCAGCAGCAUACGCUACGUGAUUAGAGCGCGCCGUGCUCGUGGCCAGGACCCGCUCAAGCCUCUGCUCGGUCUCCUCCCUGUCGCCAUCAGCUGGACCCUUAUCCCGCUCUAUCUCUGGCUCAACCCCAUCAUCCUCCACCACCACCUUGUGCCCUUUGCCAUUUUCGCCGGUCUGCUUAACGCCUACUCCGUUGGCCAGAUGAUCGUCAGGCACCUUGUGAAGGACAGGUUCCCGUACAAGAACGUUCUCAUCCCGCCGCUAGCUUGGGCUGUGUUUGACAGCAUGGGCCCAGUGCUUGGGCUCUGGCCAAGUGCGCUGGGUGGAGACACCUACCAGGUUGCGUUCGUCUUCAUGAUGACGGGUCUCGCAUUUGGUGUCUACGGAAGUUUUGUCCACGACGUCAUUACUACCAUCUGUGACUAUCUCGAUAUCUGGUGCCUGACCAUCAAACACCCGUAUGUCGAAGGCAAGGAGGCUGGUGACGCCAAGAAGUCAAACUGA